AUGUCUGACUCAAAAUCUUCCUUUCACCCUGCUCUUGCUGUAUCCAACAUCAGGAACCACAUACCCAUCACUUUUGAGAUGGAAAAUGUCCAAUACACGACAUGGGCAGAACUCUUCAAAAUUCACGCAAGAUCCCAUAAAGUAAUUGAUCAUAUUAUUCCUCCAGCGAAAAGUAAGGAGAAAAUUCCUCAGACAGCGGAGGAGCAAGAAUUAUGGUCGACCCUUGACGCUACCAUUCUUCAGUGGAUUUAUGCCACUAUUUCUCAUGGUCUUUUACGUACCAUUCUUGAACCUGACACCACGGCAAUGGAGGCUUGGAAUAGAUUAUGUGACAUAUUCCAAGAUAACAAACACUCUCGUGUCGUUACCGUUGAGUAUGACUUCACUCACACAGACAUGGCAGAUUUUCCAAAUGUCUUUGCAUAUUGUCAACAUCUCAAAUCUCUGUCAGAUCAACUCAAGAAUGUCGGCUUUCCCAUCGACAACAACAGACUUGUUCUUCAACUGGUCUCUGGUCUCACCGAGUCCUACAACGAUGUGGCCACCCUUAUUCGCCAAAGUGAUCCCUUGCCCCAAUUUUAUCAAGCCCAUUCGAUGCUCACUCUUGAAGAGGCCGGCCUUGCCAAAAAGGCGGUGUCGCAACCUAAAUUUUUUCGAUCUCGCGACCUAUGGCCGCCUGCUGAUAUUGUGAGUGUUCCUACCGGAAAUCCACCGUAG